CAUGACGCUCUGCUUCGACUCUGUUGUUCGCGCGUUCGUUGGACAGAAUCAAAGGGCCGAUGCACUCACUCUAAUUGUCUCGUUGCUGCGUCUCACAGAGGAGUCAUCGUCAUCGGUAGACUUCCCCCCCCUCCCCUCUCCGCCCGUGCGUUGGAGUCGUCUUUCUUCCAUCCGCCAUCCUCAACCCUCCGUCCAGUCGUCCCAAGACGGCAUCGUGACUUGGCCUGGCCAUCCAUGCUAUCUCUCCCACGCUGUGCCUGUGCCUGAGCGUACCUGA